UCCACGCGACCAACCACCACCUCGACCACUGCUCUCUCACUCUCGCGCGGAUCCGCGGUGGCAGGCAUCCGACCGACAGCGGAUCCCGCCGUCAACUUCCUCUCGCGCUGACAGUGCCCUUUUGGCAGCGGCCGCUCGAUCGCGCGGGUUGUGAUCGUGUCGCAUGCGUUGCGUGUCGCGUGUCUCUCCGUCAGUCGAGUCAAGGUGUAUCGGACGUCUGUCAACGACGAGUGUCGUCGACGACGCUUUCUCUGCCGGUGCGACGGGCCAUCGGUGAAUUCCCCGGUUGGGAAAGCUCACAGGCGUUCCAGUGACGUAAAAGCACGCUGCUUCGUCACAGUUGAAUCGUGCUCCGAUUUUCAAACGCGGAUUGUCGAGCCGUGUGUCACUCUGAAUUAAGUAAAAAGGGAGCAGAAGGAAGUGCGUUUCCUCUGUCAUAGAGUCGCGAAUAAUUCCAGACUAAUUGGGUCUUGCGAAAAGACGCAUGUGCAGUUAACGCUCACCAGUAGCGCGGAAUAACCUAAUGAGCGCUCGAGACGUCGGCUUUUGCAAUCUCUUCUGCAUUACGAAACGCCGCGCGAUCUCGCACACCCGUUCGUAAAACUGACAAACUGCCCGCUAAAAAUUCACCUGCCGGAAACUCGCGGAUGAAUUGUCGUCGAGAUAGAUGGCUGGCUGAGGUGGUGUUCGCGCAUCCUCCCAGUGUGUCAUUACGCGUUACGUUAUCCGCACCCUGUGCGCGAGUCGCGAACUUUCGUGGUGGCCCAUCACUCUUCUCACCACACUAAGAAGAGCAGUGUUUGGCACUUGUAAUCGAAGGCACUUGUGUGAUGAAGGAAUCCUGACCAGGAGAACUAUUUUUGCAGUAGAUGUUACCGUAGUGUUAGUGAUAAUAGUAAUAAACUUCACAUGUAUAUUGCUGCUAUCACUUUUGGUUGGAGCAGCAAGAGGAUAUAGUUGGCGUCAAAAGCAACAAUUAUUUUUGGCGAGGUUGAUCAUUCGUUGUUCUCUAAGUGCAGUGAAAAUCCGACGUGAUAAUUUCGCGAACGUAACGGGAGUGCAGGAGUUUUCCUCAUUAUCGUAUCGGAGGAUACCAAGAUACGAAGUCUCGGAGGAGAGAAGAAAUAAAAAAAAAAGAGUAAAACAGAACAUCUCACCAACGACGAGUUCUUCAGCGCGAAGUUUCGCGCGCGAGCGUAUUCGCUAGGCCGUAAACGGCCGCAAUCGGUGGCGGGAGCGAGCCAGGUCGUCGAUAGCUGGUGAUUUGAUCGGAACGAGCAGCGCGAGAGCUCGACUAAACGAGGGAAUUCGCGUUCGAUCUGCGCGCGUCGCCGCGACGGAUUCGAUCGGAACCUGUUGACGGCCGAAGCGUGCGUUUCGCCGACGAUCUCGAUCGCGUUCGGCAUCUGGUCUCAUCAGGGGGACGAUAAAACGCCGUCCGCCGUGAGGACGGCCACGCGAAGGUGGACCCGGCAGUUUAUCGAUCCGCCGAUCGAUCGGCUGCCGUGCAUCGGCGACACAACGCGACGUCGUGCUUGCUCUCUCUCUUCCUCUCUUUUCCGCUCGCGAGAGCGGGCGAGCGUGGCAGGCACGCGGGAUUGGAAAUCGGCGAGCGUGGGUCGACACACGGCGCCAACCUGUUGCUUCGCGAUCGGACUCGUUUCCAUUUAGAGGACUUACCGCGGGAGGCCAGCCGUCGGCCCGCCGUGGCUCCACCACCGUGGGACCCGUCCUCGAUUUGGAGCCGGGAAUUAAUCACGAGCGAACGCAGCACAGGACGGCCGAGUGCCCGCUUCUGAUUAACGCCGGUGUGCCUGCGUCUUUAUCGGGGACGUUGUUGUUGCCGUUGUCGGGAGCAGGAGUCGCCCGGAGGUAACGCGGCUCUUGGACUCGCGGCCGGCGAUUGAUCCUGGCUACUUUCCGAUCAACGCCGCGCGGCCACCUUCUUAUCCGCCUUCUCCGAGAAGGAGGUUGUCGCGGCGAUAGGAAGCCUUCGAGAUAUGCCCUCGACUCGCGGCGAGGAAUUAAUCAGACGAGCCCCGGCGUAGAUCGAGUGGCCACUUGUGUCUAGGGCCGAUGUAGCGGCUUCUUCUCGAGUGGAUUGUAGAAUCACACGAGUCGGCGGGGCGAGUGAGGCUCCUGGACUCUCUUCCCUGGAGCCAGUGAUUAAUGACGACGCAUCGCGGUCGAGUAUGUACGUUCGAUUAACGUCCAGAUGCAAAUGACAAAUAGUGCGAACUGCCCUGUCGACACCGGUGUGUAGUGUAGCACUUUAUCGCGUGGUGUUCGUGAGUGUCCAACAGUGUCUGGAAAGGGAACAUAAGAAUUAUUAUCACACGAGGAAGAGAGGAAACACAGAGAGAAAAGGAAGUCAAAAUCCACGACGCAGACCGCGUCUGCGAGUUACGUCGGAGAUCAAGAGACCGAUGUGACUUUGAAGAGAACGAGGAAGAAGAGAAGAAGAAGAAGCAGAGGUGGAGUCCACGGCUCCGAGCUCAAGAUGCCUAGUCACACGGUGAUCAGCUUGAUGGUCCUCUGGGCCGGCUUGUCGUUGGCGAGCCUAUCGACCAGGGAGCUGCUGGAGUGUCGGGCAAACUUGACGGCGGCGAUCAGGAACGACACGACGUUCCUGGGCAAGGUGCGCCAGUCGGACUACAUCUUCACGGGGAAGAUCAAGGAGCUGCGCCACGGCCAACUGCUGCACGCGCGCGUCAAGAGGGCGAUCAAGGGCGCGCUCAACGCCACCGUCGAUCUCACCGUGAACGACACCUGCGGCCAGUACGUGCGCCGCGGCUACACCGGCAUCUUCAUGGCGCGCCGCGGCGCCGGCAAAGUCGUCAUGCACUUCGGCCCGGUGCCGCUCACGCUCGCCAACCUCGACAGGCUCAACGCCGCCGUCAGAGGUGAGUCGCUGAAACAAUCAUAUUUGUCAUCCGCGGAUUUUUUCGCCGGGACUAAUGGAAACCCUUGCGGUAAGACCGCUCCUUGAUUUACGAGGCCGGGAUAUGAAUGUGCAGGUGGAGGUUCGGUAAAGGUGUCGGGACUGAGUUAUUAUCUGAAAAAUAUGUUUUCGCGGAAACUUCGGAUUAAAUUGACAAAGAGCCCAAGUUUUCAACGUUACGAAUUGCGCCCCAAAGGCGUGAUUUAUACCGGCAUUACGGGCUCUUUAAGAGCGGCUUCGACGUCCGCGAGCUCUGAAUUUCUUGAUCGAUAUGUUUGGACGCGAGUAGGAAUUACAGUCGCGUCCCCAUCUGUGCGCGCCCGUCAAGCAUGUGCGCGCAGAAGAUUUUUCUCGAAUAAUACAGCGUGCUAACAAUAUAAUUUCCUUAUGUCGCGCACGCGCGACUGGGAUAUAUGCACAUUCGAGCGAAAAUUUAUGUAUGUCAGCAAGAAACCAACAGUUUCAUCAGAUAUAUUUUGCAACCUGAAGGUAUACACAUUUACCACACCGACAAGAAAAUAUUAGAUACACAAGUGAAGCAUGCCUCAUACUGACAUACGUAUAUCCGGCGUACAACUUUGCGCACAACUGCUUCUAAGUAGUGCACUUUCUAUUUCUAGUCUAUAUGGGAAAAUUUUUAUAUGGUAUUAUAUAGUAAUUUAAUUGUGUGUAUUAUAUAGUAAUUAUUGUAUAACAUAUAUAUAGUAUUAUCGCAGUACCGCAUAUGCGUAUCUGAGAUCAUGAUAGAAAUACGUAUAUUCGUUAUCCUGUAUAUAAUUUAACCCUUGAACUUUUUAUUAGUCUUGAAGUAAUGCUUGAUGUAUAGGGAGGCUCAGUUGUAAGCGGCUGAAUUAUUAUGUUAAUGAAAUAUUAUAGAAUACUAUUGACAAUUAAGACAUAAGAGAAAUAGAGUAAGUCCGAGUCGAAAUUUUGUUAAACCUUGAAUUUUACGCAAUAAGAGCAAAAUAAGUUUAGUUCUAAUGAUACAAUUUACUCCUACUUUGACUCUGAUGAAAUUUCUCUGUCCGAAAUUUCUCUUUUUACUUUCUUUAACGUCAAAAUAGAUUGUAUUAGGCUUCAGAAUAUCAAAAGAGGUGCUGAAUGAAAUAGUUGAGUUUGAAAAUUCGACUUGGAUAGUUCGAAUAGAAUCAAAAGAAAUUGAUGUAGGUUUCAGAAUAUAAAAAUAGGUGUUGAAUAGAAUAGUAAGGAUGAAAGUAGGAUCAAAGUUUUGACUCGAGAGGACAUCCAAGUAAAAGCUUGGUUAGCUUAGUUGAUUGAAAUUGCCUUGCAAGGGUCAGGGGUUCGAUUUUAGGCACAGGGAACUCGUGCUCGCAGUAUAUUUCCUCGCAUAUAUUUCCUUUUCAAUUUUUAUACAAAACUCCCAAAUUUGUUGGAAACAAUUAUUUCGACACGUAGCUUUUAUUCUUAGCUCUCUUCAUUUCCCAUAAUCUCUUGAAAUUACGUUCAUAUUCUCUUAGCUCGAUAUUAUAAAGUAUAUCCUAACCGAACACGGCUGCUCAAUAAUAUUUUUCUUCGGAUAGUGCUUGAUUGUAUCUUCAAGCAAACUUGUGCGCGUGUGAUGGAUUCGUCAAAUCCAUUAUAUUAAAUACUUAUUCACAGGCGUCGUUCCUCGAUACACGAAUACGAUGGUGCAAGAACGAUGCCAGACACUUAAUUUCGUGGUUAUGGAACAAUUUCUGUAUUACGUGACGAGAAACGUUGAAACAUCCGCUAUAUCUGAGAAUUGAAAGUUGCUCGAAUAAUGUACACGUCAUCGUUCGAAAAAGGAGGAAGGAAAUGCAAGAAGAGGAAAGAGCACGGAAGACCGUGUACGGUUGCAAUUAAACUAGAAAUUUACUCGAACACGCGCGUACAUACGACGACUGCUCUGACAGAUCGUACUUCUUCGGAGCGUU